CAUUUAAGAAGGAGAUAGUUCAAAUAGAAUAUGCUGACAGAUGCGGGAGCAAAAGGAGAGGGAGGACUUUGUGCAGAUAUUUUAGCAAAGUAAAGACUGAGUGAAGGCUCAUCUUGGAAUUUAUUGACAGAUUGAGGAUAUCUUGAGUUUACUCGGAGGAGAGCUGACACUGCUGGGAGAAGAUGAUCUGCAGGAUCCUGCUGCUCAUCAGCCUGACCUCCUGUGUCUCUGGGAUGUUUGAGCCUCAGAACACGGCUCUGAAGCAUCAGGCAGCGGAGGGCAAUAACAUCACAGUUGAAUGGAGAUUCUCCGCCAGAACCGACAUUUCCGUCCCCUCGCUUAAGAUACACUGUGUGUUUGUGUUGGGGCUGAAGGUUUUCUACCAUCUGGACAACAGUGUCAACGAGUCUCUGCACGAGCAGUUUGCAGGACGGACGCAGUGUGACAAAGACGCUCUCAGAACGGGCCGUGUCCGGCUUCAUCUGUCCAGAGUCAGGACUAAUGACUCGGGGCUGUACCUCUGUAGGAUGGCCACUGGAUUUGGCAGGAAGGUUAAACAGUUCUCACUCAACAUCACUGCAGCCGUUGACGAGCCCGUAACCAUGACAACAAAACCAGUACCAGCGAUAACAAUACCAGUACCACCGAGCCGAGAGAGAAUCUGCUUCUAUGUUGUACUGGGACUGGCAGCAGCAGCAGCAGCAGCUGUACUGGCCGCCAGUUGCUCUACUUUAUAAAUAUAAAUAUAAUGUUUCAGCUGUCCUGAAGCUUCUGCUGCCCUCUGCUGGUCUGAAGAGAAACCAGCCAGAUGGAUGAAGACAAAACUGGUUCUUGUGUUGGAGAACGCUGCCGGGCUGAUGGAGAGAAAUCAGAACACACUGCAGCGGAGUUUUCUGGCCUCAUGGUGACUCAGUGGUUCUAGCUCUGUUGGUUCCUGUCCUGACAGACAGAACAGACCACGUUCACAGCAGUGAGGUUGUGUUUUCAUGUCCACUAUGCUGCUGACUUCUAGACAUCACAUGUACUGUAAUGACAGUUACUGACUGUUAAUGCAAGGACUAAUAUGAGUUGUACUAAAGGGAAGAUGCUGUUAAAGUAUAAGUGAGGUCUGAUCUCUUUAUUUUACAGAUAACUUAUUGUACAUUCAGGAGUUUACUCAAGUAAAUGUAUUAUUAUACAUUACAUUAUUAUGCAGAAUGUCACAUUUCAGAAUAAUGUAUAUUAUUAUCAUUAUGUUGCAUUAAUGUGUUCAUCACUUUAAUGUUGCAGCUGCUAAAGGUGGUGCUUGUUUUUGUUAUUUUUUUUACUAUAUACACUGCCGAGUAGCUUGUAAAUUCAAAGCAAAGUCUUAUCUUAAUCCCUAAUAUUACAUCAUAUUUCAUUUGUUUAUUAUAUUUUGUAUUAUGAAACUGAAUCUGCCAAGUAGCUAAAGUGAUCAGAUAAUUUUAAUGGAGUAAAAAGUACAAUUCAUGCCUCUGAAAUGUAGAGAAGAAGUAUAAAGUCUCAGAAAAUGGAAAUAUUCAAAGUAAAGUACCUCAAACUUGUGCUUAAGUACAGUACUUGAGUAAAUGUACUCUGUUACUUUCCACCACUGGAUGUAUGUUACAGUAAACUGCUAACCUGUUGAAAAAGAAAAGCACUCUGCAGUCGCUGACUGUGAUGUUUGUCAUACAUCUGUAAUAAAUCUAUACUUUUGUA